CACUGUCCUGUUCGUUUCAUGCGUCUAGUGACAGCGAGUUACGUGUAAAACCUGUACAGUAGUGUAGUGUAGUGUAGUAUGUCCAAACCCUGAGCAGUCCUGGGUGUCACGGUAUCUGACGCGCUGUUUAGUGCGGUUUCAGAGGUAGACUCAUCUGCGGUUCGGGCUAGAAGCUUUCGUGGGACUUAAACCGGAAACCAAACUUUUUUUUUUUUUUUCAUCUCAAACUUGUUUCGUUGCUCAGUCGAAAAGAGGAAAACACACACACACACACACACAACGAUGAGCAGAAGCAGCAGGGCACCGUUACCAUGCGCAGUUCCUCCUUUCUCAGCUUCCCAUCAUGUCGGCUGUGAGAAAGUUCUCAGCAAAACGAAGUGAAAUAUCCACAUUUGGCUCUAAAUAAAGUGGCGUCGAGUGUUUUUUUUUUUUCCUUCUCUUUUUUUCUCCUUUACAUAACGGAGUCUUAGUGUUUUAUCAUGGGAGAUGAUGUUAAAGAUGAACCAGCCAAGCCCAAAGAAACAACGCUUAAAGGCAAAGCAGGCUGGUUGAAGAAGUGCUCAGGGAAGUUCCUGGGCAGCUACAAGGACCGCUACAUCCAGUUGGACAACACGGAGAUCGCAGUGUAUGAAAACGAGGACUUAAAGAACUGCCUGGAGCGCCUGGACUUGGAAAACUAUGACAAAUGCCAUGAGCUACGCAGCCCCUUCAAGAAGAAAUACAGGCUGAUACUGAUCCGGGCGCCCAAGAACGCGAAUAAGGUCAGUGAUAUCAAACUGCAGGCUCAAAACCCGGAAGAGAAAGAAGCUUGGAUCAAAGCACUCAGUGAUGGCAUCAACAGGGCAAAGAAUAAAAUCUUUGAUGAGGUAAAAGUAGAUGAAAGUUUAUCUUUAGAUCAUGUAACACGUUCUCGGCCGAAAGGAAACCGUAGCAGAAGACCACCAACCAGAAUACACAUGAAGGAGACUGCAAGCAUUUCAUCAGAUGGAAUUUUGAGACUGGACCUUGACACUGUUGACAAUAUGCCUAACGGUGAUCACGUCUUAAUGGGUGGCACUGAUGGAGAAGCCAAAGUGGCUCCAGCUAAAUCCUUCGAUGCUAUUCCAGAGGAACCUGAAAGUGAGGCACCUCAGAAGAAAGUAUUGAAGCCUCCAAUGCCUCCAUCGAAGGAGAACAAGCCCAGUGAAAGCCAAGACAGUGAAAGCAAAAAUGAUGAACCUGCACCACAGAAGAAGAUCCUCAUGCCACCAAUGCCACCAUCAAAGGAUCAGAAACCAGCUGAAAAUACAGAAGAGGAAAAGAAAAGUGAGGAGGUGACAGUUGUAGAACCUCCCAUGCCUCCUUCAAAGGAGAAUAAACCCAGAAAAAAUGCCAGUGGGGAUGCCAGUGAAGACACUGCUUUGGUGAAUGGUGAGCCAGAAGCAGCAACCACACCUGCCAAGACCAGUCCAGUUCAAGGUGAAACAGAUGCACCUGAAACCAUCCAUCCUCCCAGUCCACCAUCCAAAGACAUGAAACCCAAGCAGGCACUUAACCUAAAUGAUAAAGACACACUUUCAGAAGAUGAAGGGAUUACCAAUAAGGAAAUUGAUGAAAAAGAUGAGGCAGAAUCAGUUAAGAUAGAAGACAAACCAUUCACUCUAUCCAAUAAUGUCCCAAAGCCCCAAGGAGUGAUGUGGGAUUCACCUUCUCCAGCAGUGGAAAAAAGUUCUGUUGAGCAAAAUGCUAAAAAGUCUGCUCAAACUGUACUAACAACAGUAACGAUUGAACCUAUAAAACCUGCCAAUAACAUUAAAUUAACCCCACAUUCAACUCCAGAGCUUGUUAAAAAGAGUGCUCUCCCCCCUGCUCCACCAAAAAAGAAACCCGUUAAACCACCUGUCAAAAUGGAAGACCAGGUUGUCCAGGAUGACUCCUCGGUUGAAAAAGGCUCUGACAACGUGCCAUCAGAUGAAACAACACCUGCCUCUCAAGAAUCAAAAGAAGAACGCAAGGUUAUUGUAUUGAGUCUCAGUAAUUCAGCAGCAAAUGAGGACCUAGAGGAUAGCUCUGGAGAAAAAGCAGAAGUAAAGUCUAUAGACAGUGGUCAGCUCUCUGCUGAAGACUCUGAAAGUAGUGAUCAAGUUACACCAUCCACAGAUAAGCUGCAGAGUAGCCUGGAAGUUUUAACUGUCGUGACCAGCGAAGAGGAACUGGAGACACCACCAGACAGCAAGAUCCAGAAAAUUGAGGAUCCACUUUCAGCCACCCUAGCUAUUGAAGUCGAAACCACUAUGGAUGACUCCAGCCCUGUUUUUGCAGAAAAUACAUGCCCCGCUCAGAUUUCUACCAAUGCCGCAUCACCAGACUCCACCUUAAAGAAACGGUCUGUAUCCACAGGAGAUCUUCUUCAGGAGAUGAUGGGCUUGCAAAGUAAAGUGUCCUUGGAGCUUGAGGAGACAGGAGAGCUGCUGGGGAAAAUAGCACCCCGAGGUUCACCCGAAGCUGGGCAAGACAGCGAAGGGGUAACAGACCCUGAGAUCCUUCUUGCUACAGCAAUGGAGAAACUUAAAAAAGCUGACCAGUUCUUGAGAGAAGCCAAGAGUUUGAAAGAGCAGGAGAACAAGAGCAGUAAUAGAACAAGCUGGUAAUUGCAGAAGAUGAAGAUAUUGGGGCAAUACUGUGUUAAUGGAAUCACAAACCUUAUAAAUGUUCAAGUGCAAUUAUACCACCAUUAUUUUUAAUACAGGACCAUUGCAAAGUUAAUGGGUCUAUUUGAAACUGUUUUAUAACCAGGUACCAUGGACUAAACUAGGGAUCCAAUACUGAGUAUUGAUAUCAAACCAACAUUGCCCAGGAAAGCUGGAUCUGUGAAACCAUUAAUGAUGCUUUUCAACUUGAUUUAUGAGCCCAGUUAAUGUCCAUGAUAAGAGAGAUUGUGGAAACAUAGGCAAAAAUGAUUCUCAGUGGAUUUCAACAUGUGUUCCUGUUUUUAGAAUUAUACUGUCUGAUUUUUUUCUGCAAUGGGUUACCAUGAUGCUUCUCUUCAUGGCAGUUUUCAGUUAAAGGCUUCAAGCACGAUUAUGGCAAUUUAAUAGGAUGGUGUUGCACCCAAAUUUCCGCUCUGUGCUGUACACAGUACCAUAGAGCAUUUUACUUUAAAAUUCCACAAACUAGCACAAAGGCAAGGCCACACAAUAACGAAACUAGUGUCAGGUUACAUAGCCUUAGCUAAAAAUAAUGCAAUGGCCUUGUUCGGGGUUAUGAUAAAGUACAUGGGAACUAGCAACUUCCUGACUGAUAUGCAUCACUUUUAUCUAUUUCAAAGUUUAUAAAGUGAGCAUCAUGAAAACAUAUUUUCAUACUGACACCACUCAUUUUGGAUUCAUCAUCUUAUCUCGAAUUGGUUCAAUUAGCUCCCAUGUUAUGCUAACAGCUAUUGUCCUAACGUUACAUUGUCUUUUUAAAUAUUGUUUUUUACGAAUCAGGGCAUGUAGCUUUUUAGUUUGUUAUUAUCAGUGUUUUUAUAUAGAAAAUGCAGAACAUGAUACAAUGACUUAGUAAAUAAUAGAAUUAACCCCCUUUUUGUAUGAAAUACUGGUUAUAGUUUAAUACUAUAUUUUUAUUUUAAACAAAAAAAAGUAUAUAUUGUGAUUAGAUCAUGUGGAACAGGUCAUGACCCUGCAUUUUAUAGAUAUAGGCUACUUAGGUGAAACAUUACUGAAACAACCUAAAAAAAGUAUUUUUCUGAGUUUCCACAUAACAUUUAUAGUUACAUUGUAUAGCAAAAUAUUACCGCAUUAUUUUUUAUAAAUGAUCUCCUUUUGUAAAUAACAUGUUUACCAAUUAAUUGCUUAAUAUUUAAGUUAUUAAUAGUCUACCAUCCUGGUUUCUGUCCUUUAAAGUAAAAAAAAAAAAAUCUAAUAUCAAAUUAACUUGAGAUCCCAAUUUACUGAAAUAAUAAAUUAUGUUUGCUAUUGAAAUGAUAAGAAGAUCUAUGAUUAUAUAUUGUAAUAUAUUAUUUGUCAGUGACUGCAUUUACUAACUGGACUAAUACUGUAUGUUUUCUAGAUGUCUUGCGUUUAAUGUGCAAACAAUCAAAAUAAAAAAUUAACUCAUUGCCUGCCAAGCAUGUCUUAAUAAAAAUGUCUUUCCUACUGUGGAUAUAA